GCGCCAGCGGAGAGGCCAGGCCCAGCCCGGGCGGUACAAUAGGGUUGGGCCGCGACCGGGACUGGGCCGGCGUCGGGCAGGGAGCAGGAUCGCGGCCGGAGCCGAUAGUCACUGGGCGGCCGGCGACUCCGAGCCCGCAGACCACCAGCCCAGCCAGCCUCGACCUUCUCCGGAGCUCCCUCCGACUCCGAAUCGUUGCCCGCCGGGCCGGCCGGGCGUGAUGCGCCGCGGGACCCCUAUCCUGGCCGCUGGCCGCCGCCGCCGUCGCCGCUGAGACCCUAAGACCCCUCACUGACGCCGCAGCCAUGGAGAGCGGCUCACUUUCGGAGCCGGGUGCCGGCGCACCCCCAGCUGUGGCAGCCAGGACCCCUCCAGAGCCAAGACCUUCUCCAGAAGGUGACCCCUUCCCGCCACCGCCACCACUACCGAUGUCAGCCCUGGUGCCCGACACUCCCCCAGACACCCCUCCUGCCAUGAAGAAUGCCACUAGCCCUAAGCAGCUCCCACUGGAACCAGAGAGCCCCCCAGAGCUGGUAGGGCCCAGGCCAGCCUCCCAGCAGGAGGAGUCCCCUUUCUCAGAAGUGAAGAUCAGGGGACCCACCCCUCCAGCCACAGGCCCACGGGAUGCCAGGCCUCCUCGGAGGAGCAGUCAGCCAUCCCCAACAGCAGUGCCAGCCUCCGACAGCCCUCCCACCAAGCAAGAUGUAAAGAAGGCAGGAGAGAGACACAAGCUGGCAAAGGAGCGGCGGGAAGAGCGGGCCAAGUACUUGGCGGCCAAGAAGGCAGUGUGGCUGGAGAAGGAGGAGAAGGCCAAGGCGCUGCGGGAGAAGCAGCUCCAGGAGCGCCGGCGGCGGCUGGAGGAGCAGCGGCUCAAAGCCGAGCAACGCCGGGCAGCCCUGGAGGAGCGGCAGCGGCAGAAGCUCGAGAAAAACAAGGAGCGCUACGAAGCAGCCAUCCAGCGGUCAGUAAAGAAGACAUGGGCUGAAAUCCGGCAGCAGCGCUGGUCCUGGGCAGGGGCCCUGCACCACAGCUCCCCAGGACGUAAGACCAGUGGGAGCAGGUGCUCCGUGUCGGCAGUAAACCUGCCCAAACACGUGGACUCUAUAAUCAACAAGCGGCUCUCAAAGUCCUCUGCCACGCUCUGGAACUCCCCCAGUAGAAAUCGCAGCCUGCAGCUGAGCGCAUGGGAGAGCAGCAUCGUGGACCGUCUGAUGACGCCCACCCUCUCCUUCCUGGCGCGGAGUCGCAGUGCGGUCACCCUGCCCCGAAACGGCCGGGACCAGGGUAGGGGCGGCGGCCCUGGGAGAGCCCUCACGAGGGGCGGGGCAGGGGCCAGCCUCGCGAGUGGGCCGCGCCCCGACCGCCCUCAUCCCUCCGCAGCCGUGCCGGUGUGCCCGCGCUCGGCCUCCGCCAGCCCCCUGACCCCGUGCAGCGCCCCCCGAAGCGGGCACCGCUGCGGCCCCGCCGGGGAGCGCGGGGAGCGCCGGGAGCGCCGAAAGGCCAGCGCCGGGGGUAGCCCCGCCCCGGCCCGCCUUCGGCCCGAGGCCUCGCCGGUGCAGAAAAAGGAGAAGAAGGACAAGGAACGGGAAAAUGAGAAGGAAAAGAAUGCCCUGGCCCGGGAGCGCAGCCUCAAGAAGCGCCAGUCGCUGCCUGCCUCGCUACGCCCACGCGUCUCCGCGGGCAACGCUGAGCUCAGUCCCAAAUCCAAGGCCCGGCCAUCCUCUCCCUCUACAUCCUGGCACAGGCCUGCCUCUCCCUGCCUCAGCCCAGGACCAGGUCAUGCUCUGCCCCCCAAACCACCGUCCCCCCGAGGCACCACUGCAUCACCGAAGGGGCGGGUUCGGAGGAAGGAUGAGGCAAAGGAGAGCCCUAAUGUGGCGGGGCCUGAGGACAAGAACCAGAGCAAGGGCAAAGCCAGCGAUGAGAAGGAGCCUGCAGCCCCAGCCUCACCAGCACCCUCCCCUGUGCCCUCACCCACCCCAGCCCAGCCCCAGAAGGAGCAGCCCACAGCAGAGAUCCCUGCAGAUACUGCUGUCUUGACCUCACCCCCAGCCCCCGCUCCCCCGGUGACCCCUAGCAAACCCAUGGCUGGCACCACAGACCGUGAAGAGGCCACUCGACUCCUGGCUGAGAAGCGGCGCCAGGCCCGGGAGCAGCGGGAGCGCGAGGAACAGGAGCGGAGGCUGCAGGCAGAAAGGGACAAGCGAAUGCGAGAAGAACAGCUGGCUCGGGAGGCUGAGGCCCGGGCCGAGCGGGAGGCGGAGGCCCGGAGGCGGGAGGAGCAGGAGGCCCGAGAGAAGGCGCAGGCGGAGCAGGAGGAGCAGGAGCGGUUGCAGAAGCAGAAAGAGGAGGCCGAAGCUCGGUCCCGAGAAGAAGCGGAGCGGCAGCGUCUGGAGCGGGAAAAGCACUUCCAGAGGGAGGAGCAGGAACGGCAAGAGCGCAAAAAGCGCCUGGAGGAGAUCAUGAAGAGGACUCGGAAGUCAGAAGCUGCUGAAACCAAGCAGAAGCAGGACAGAAAGGAGGCAAAGGCCAACAGUUCCAGCCCAGUGAUAGACCCUGCAAAAGCUGUGGAGGCUCGGCCCUCAGGGCUGCAGAAGGAGGCUGUGCAGAAAGAGGAGCUGGCCCCCCAGGAGCCUCAGUGGAGUUUGCCAAACAAGGAGUCACCCGGGUCCCUGGUGAAUGGCCUGCAGCCUCUUCCAGCACACCAGGAGAAUGGCUUUUCCCCAAAGGGACCCUCUGGGGACAAGAGUCUGGGCCGAACACCAGAGGCGCUCCUGCCCUUUGCAGAAGCUGAAGCCUUCCUCAAGAAAGCUGUGGUGCAGCCCCCGCAGGUCACAGAAGUCCUUUAAGGGGUUGCCUUGGAUCCAGGCACAGCUAUGAAGGCUCCUCUGCAUCACCUACCAGGAUGUCUGGAAGAGAAAGAGACAGAACGAAGCCGGAAGUGGCCAGGGCCCCUGGGGAUUGGGGUCUCUCUGUUAUUUUUAAUCUGCACCUUAUAGACUGAUGUCUCUUUGGCCGGAGCCAGACCCUGCCCCUCAGUGCAUUCGUGUGCUCACACGCACGGACACCCCCCAUACACACAUACACUCACAGCCUCUUUGGCCUCCCCCCUUGGGGAAGGGCCACCUGUAGUAUUUGCCUUGGUUUGGUGGGGUACAGUGGAUGUGAAUACUGUAAAUAGCUCGUGCUCAGGCUCCUUUGCGUGGAGGGGGUGGGUGCAGGAGGCAGACCCUCCCAAGACUCCCCAGGGAGACCUUCCUCCCUCUAUUUAACUGUAACUGAGGGGGAACCCAGGUCUGGGGAUGAGGGGCACCUUGGGCCACAGGAUACUGGUUGCUUUAGGGGGACCCAUGCCCCCACCCUUGCCUGGAAUCAGUGUUAUUGCAUAUGAUCAAAUUUCUCCAGAAAUAAAGUGAGAAUAAUUCUGCCA